UGAAAACCAGCCCUCCCUUUUCACCUAUAAAUACAUGCAGCGCUCCUACACCGUCUUUCCUACCCAAGCUAAAGAAGCACACUUUAAGCUUUUUUAGAUGGAGAAACGGGUUUUCAUCUCCCUUGUUUUGGCUCUCCUAGUCUCAGGGGCCAAAUCAGCAACAUUCAGAUUCAUAAACAGGUGUCCAUACACAGUAUGGCCCGGCACGUUACACGACCCCAGAAAGCCCCAGCUCUCCCAAACGGGGUUUGAGCUCGCCCAGGGCGCAGCAGUCUCAUUGGAUGCUCCCAACGCAUGGGGCGGCCGGUUCUGGGGCCGGACCCGCUGCACCACAGACACUAGUGGAAGGUUCAAAUGUGCGACGGCAGACUGUGGCAGCGGCGUCGUUGCAUGCAACGGUGCGGGCGCCGCACCACCAGCCACCUUAGCAGAGUUCACGUUGCAGGGUGACGGCGGCAAAGAUUUCUAUGACACAAGCCUGGUCGAUGGUUUUAACUUGCCUAUGUCCAUUAUUCCACAGGGAGGUUCAGGUGAGUGUUCCAAGAGCAGUUGUGACGAAGACGUGAACUCAAUCUGCCCGAUGGAGUUGGGGGUCACUGCAUCAGAUGGUGCGAUCAUUGCCUGUAAGAGUGCUUGCUUGGAGUUCAACAGUGAUGAAUAUUGUUGCAGGGGUGCAUUUGGUACACCAGACAAAUGCAAGGCCAAUAACUACUCUAUGAUCUUCAAGAAUGCAUGUCCCACAGCCUAUAGCUAUGCCUAUGAUGAUCCUACCAGUACUUUCACGUGCACCAAAGCUAAUUACCUCCUCACCUUCUGCCCAUGAGAUCAAUAACCAUAUAGAAGGUUUUGAGCUACUAUCCUUGUCUGGGAAAUGUUAUUGUUGCUCAUGUCGGUCCCACGUAUGGUCACUUUUCCUAGGUUUUAGUUUAGGUUUUGCUAUGUUAUGUCUUGCUUUGCUUUGUUCCCGAAUGGAAUAAAAAGAACUAUAGAACUCCAACUAUGCAAGGGGAGAUCUACUUAGUAUAAAAGGUGCAUUUUGUGCAAGAAAUGUUCUUUUCA